AUGGCUCCGCCUCUCGCGCGCUCUGCCGCAGUGGAGCUCAACCAUUGGUGGAGCCACCUGAGGUUCCGCCUCCGUCACAAAAAGAGCUGGAACGAGAUGCUGGAUGAGACUUUCAUUCUGCAGAGUAAACGGAUAAACGACAUCCCUCUGUUUUACGCGGCGAAGCAGAACAGUGUUGGAUGCAUUAAGAAGCUGUUGGACUGUUCCUCCACUAACAUAUUUGAGAGAGGUGCUCUGGGAGAGACUGCUCUCCAUGUGGCAGUGUUGAACGAUAAUCUGGAUGCAGCUGUGGCUCUGAUGGACGGAGCACCUGAACUCAUCAACGAACCCAUGACCUCCGACAUCUACCAGGGUGUCACAGCCCUUCACAUAGCUGUCAUCAAUCAGAAUAUCAACUUGGUCCGUGAGCUGAUUCGCCGAGGAGGUGACGUAGCCACGCCCAGAGUCACGGGCAUGUACUUCCGUAAACGAAGAGGAGGGCUUGUAUAUUUUGGUGAACACAUACUUGCUUUUGCCAGCUGCACGGGAAACGAGGAGAUUGUGUCCAUGCUGAUUAACGCAGGUGCCAACAUACGUGCUCAGGAUUCACUCGGAAACACAGUACUGCACAUCCUGGUGCUCCAGCCCAAUCGGACCAUCGCCUGCCAGGUUGUGGAUCUGCUGCUGGCCAGGGACGCUGAGUUAGACCCUGUCGUCCCGCUGGACAUGGUGACCAAUUACAGAGGACUGACCCCAUUCAAACUGGCCGCCAAGCACGGAAACAUAGUGGCAUUCCAGCACCUAGUGAACCGCAGAAAGAUUGUUCAGUGGAGCCUGGGAACUUUGAACUCUAACCUCUAUGACCUCACUGAGAUCGACUCCUGGGGAGACAACCUCUCUGUGCUGGAGCUUAUCGUCGCCAGUCCUAAGAGAGAGGCCCGGAGGAUCCUAGAGGUCACCCCUGUCAGACAGCUCGUCAGUCUCAAGUGGAAUCUUUAUGGGAAACACUAUUUUAGGUUGCUGCUGUUCCUUUAUCUGCUGUACAUUGGGACCUUCACUCUGUGCUGUGUAUUCCGCCCCCUAAAGGACGCACCGGAGAACUACACCACCUCAGAGGCUGACAGAACUGUUAAAAUACAGAAGACUCUAAAGGAGAGUUAUGUGUCGUAUGAGGACUAUCUGCGUUUAGCUGGAGAGAUCAUCAGUUUGCUGGGGGCUGCUGUUAUUCUGUUACUGGAGAUCCCUGAUAUGCUGCGGGUGGGGGCCAAGCGGUAUUUCGGGCAGACGGCUCUUGGGGGGCCAUUCCAUGUCAUUCUUAUCACAUAUGCAGUCUUGGUGGUUUUCCUGUGUGUACUGCGGUCCAGUGAGCUGCCUGGAGAAUCGGUUCUCAUGGCGGUCUCUCUGGUCCUGGGCUGGUCCGGUGUCAUGUACUUCGCCCGUGGAUUCCAGAUGCUCGGGCCGUACGUCAUCAUGAUCCAAAAGAUCAUUUUUGGAGAUCUAACCAAGUUCAUGUGGUUGAGUUUUAUCAUCCUGAUUGGAUUCUCCACUGCUCUGUGGAUGGUGUACAUGACAAUGGACCCCUCCGCCCUCCCAGCCUACACCUCCUUCCCCAUCUCACUCUUCUCCCAGUUUGAGCUGAGCGUGGGAUUGAUCGACCUGCCUGUCGAUCACACUCUGGUCACGCCUCCUAUCGUGCACGUCCUGCACUGCAGCUUCUCCGUCGUCUCCUACAUCCUCCUCCUGAACCUCCUCAUCGCCAUGAUGAGCGACACCCACUGGAGGGUGGCCCAGGAGCGGGACGAACUCUGGAGGACACAGGUGGUGGCGACGACCCUGCUGCUGGAGCGCCGUUUACCGCGCUGUCUUUGGUCCCGUCUGGGCGUCUGUGGUCUUCAGUACGGCCUGGGGGAUCGCUGGUACCUUCGGGUUGAGGACCGGAACGACUCGUUAGUGCAGAAGAUCCGACGGUACAUCCACGUUUUCUCAAAAGACGAGGAACCGGCCAGAGAAAAGCAGGACGGAGAGAAAAGCGACGGUUUCGGUGAUCCAGUGGCGGGAGAUUCUCCGGCGACGCCCUCGGAGAUAGGCAGGGCCAGUCAGAAAGGACAGCGGGGCUGGGAGAUGAUUCGGAAAAGUGCCCUUGGUCUGGAGGCGGAGAAUGAGGAACACGCGGAGGAGCACGAAAUUAAGUACGUUUAA